AUUUUAAUUCUUCCUUACUUGGGAUGGCUUCUGCAUGUUGUCUCAAUCUGCUUUAUGGGGAAAUCGUGGUGAAUCUUGUCCUGACUCCUAGCUCGUAAAGAUGCACAUCAGUGUUCAUCUGAUAAACGCAACUGUUAAUUCGAGUCAACAGCACAAUACAAUUCAAAGCAAAUUAAAAAUUAUAGUACAGUACAUUUAUUACGAACUCGCGAAGCACGAAUUGUCCGACUUCGCACAGAAAAAAGUUCAAGCGUUAAUUCCCUUGGAAUUGUUAUCAAGGUAAACAAAAUUCGCUUCUGAACUUUCUGCACUCCUGCAUUGGACUGAUGAUCAAAGUCAUAAAAUCAUGUCUCUGGACAAUUCUCCUAGAGAUACUCCGAAGGUGGCUGGCUGAUCAUUAGAUCUAGGCCUAAACUCUAGAAUCUAAGUCUAUGCGUUCGGAUGUUUGCAAAACUGAACUAACUUCACAGAGACGUCAAGGUUCUGAAUGACUGAAUUGUCUGAAUGGCUUGUGGUCCUGGCAAAGGGUUUUUCUCCAGUACCAACUUUUUCGUGUACCUGAGCCAUUGCCUGUCAGCAUGGGGUGACCGAAUGUGGGCUUUUGGUAUUGGGAUUUUCCUUAUCAACAUCAGCCCAGAGUCCCUGCAGCUGACUGCUGCCAGUGGCCUGAGUAGGGGCAUCAGCGUUCUACUCUUUGGUGCUCUCAUUGGAGACAUUGUGGAUGUGUCACCCAGACUCAAGGCUGCUCAGGUGGCCUUAGUACUCCAAAAUGCAUUUGUCAUUUUGAAUGUGGCCGUCAUCUACAUCUAUUUGAAGUACAGUGCAGACAUCCUUUCUGUGGGAUUGUGGAUCAAAUAUGUCAUAUACGCAAUCAUUAUCAUCUUCUCCAUUUUGUCUCAGCUGUCUAGUAUUGCUCGCAGUAUUGCAGUGGAAAAAGACUGGAUCGUUGAGAUAUGUGGUGGAGACUCAGACAAGCUAGCAACUAUGACAGCCUCCUUGCGGCGCAUUGAUCUGUCGACCAAAGUGUUGGCACCGGUGGCCACUGGACUUAUUAUGACAUUUGCUGGAGUGGAAUUUGGAGCUCUUUUUAUAGGAGGAUGGAACUUAGUUUCUGUUGUGAUUGAGUACUACUUUUUAUGGAAAGUUUACAACACGGUGCCAGCUCUUCGGAGAAAAAAGAAUUUGAAGAGAUCAGAAGUACUUGCCUUGGCAGCUGGUGAUACAACAGAUCAAGAGAUUAAAGAUGUAGUUCAGGCAGGCUCUGCUGAAGUUCCACAACAGUUCAGUGAGACUGAGGAGACUCCAGAUUCCCCAGAAGCUGACAAUGAGGAUGGAGCCCCAACACCUCUUAUGGAACAAAGUAAGGCUGAAAGAAAUGCCCAGAGUAAAGAAGAAAAAGAUUCUGAGGAACAGACCAAGAAUGGAUGCAGAUGUAGCAUCUUCAACAGUUUACAAAGGUUGUAUAAAGGCUGGCCGAUUUACAUCGGCUAUGAUGUCGUACAUGCUGGAAUUGCCCUUUCCUGCCUUUACAUGACAGUCCUGGGCUUUGACAAUGUCACAGUGGGUUAUGCUAAAAUGCAAGGCAUGACGGAAGGACAUAUUGGUGGACUCAUGAGUGUGUCAGCUGUUGUUGGUAUUGUUGGAACCUUCUUGUACCCGAUCAUGAGGAGAAAGCUGGGCUUGCCGCGGACUGGCAUUUUUGGCCUUUCCUUUGAAAUCCUGUGCCUGACAUUGUGCAUAGCCUCUGUGUGGAUUCCUGACAGUCCCUUUGAUUUGUCCAAAGGAUUCCACUAUUCCACACCAGAUAGUGGCUUAAACUGCACUGCUGAUCAGAGCAACAAUACAGAUGUUUUCUACAUUACUUCCGAUGGGAACAAUUCAACCAUUGACUAUGGCAAUUACUCUCUGGCUGUGACUACUCCUGUGAUGAUAAAUGAAACGUCAACUCCUUGCUCUCCUUUGUCAGUAAAUCCUCGACCCUCUGUAUCAGUUUGGAUGCUUAUGGCAGGCAUUGUCACUGCACGCUUUGGUCUCUGGGUGGCUGAUUUAGCAAUUACACAGCUGUUCUUGGAGAGAGUAGAAGAGGCUGAGAGAGGGAAAGUCAAUGGAGUGCAGAGUUCUCUGAAUCAACUAAUGGAUAUGCUCAAGUUUUUAAUGGUGGUUUUGGCUCCUUACGAGCAUCAGUUUGGUUUGCUUGUCAUAAUAUCAUUUGUUUUUAUUUGUAUUGGAUGGCUCUUUUAUGCGUACUUCUUGAAAAAGAAUCGAGGCCAUCUGUUCCAUUUUGAAAAGUGUCUUAUUGGUUGUGGCAAUGGUGCUGCACCUUCAAAUGGAAAUGUGUGAGAAGGAUAUCUCAUGUGAUGUAGACUUAUUUCUGAGCUAUGUAGUAAUGAAUCAGUAGUGAAAAUUGAAUGCAGACUCAAACUAGGUACCAGAAACUACAUUUUCAAAGUAGUUGUAUGCCAAAUUUAUCUGUUCCAUAUGAAAGGCCUAUAUCCCCUGAGCAUUUUGGUUCCAUUCUUUAACUUCUCAGUCAAUUUUUAAGAAAAUGGUAGUUGUUAAAAAUUUGAUCAAAUUUGUUAAAGUCGCUCCCAGGC